AUGUUGUCUAAAAUACCUCAACGCUUCACAUCUUCGUUUGGUCUCUUACCGGAUGCAGAGAAGCUGGCUUUUCGCAGUCAACCCAACGGAUUAUCGAAGCUAGCAACGACGCGACAUAUUCCAGAGAAUGAUGGCUAUUGGAAUCAAUAUGUUGUUCUGUUUGAUUCGGCCUCGGAGGUGUUUUCUUUGAUUACACCCAAUGACAUUCGGCGAGCCCUUCAUGACGCACCGGAAAACAUUGCGACACUCAUUCGAGUGAUAUGCUCACGCCUCUUCAAUCUAAUAUCAGACCACACAUUUCCUACACCUUCUGCAGCAUCCGUUUCGGCUUUUGCAUCUUCAAUCAUCAAGGCUGGUACAGGCUCCUCCGACCGUAAUCCUACAAAAGAAGUCCUGAACUGUCUCCGUGUCCUUCAACGUGUUUUACCUGUGGUGUUUGAGCUGGAGGGAGAAUCGAAUGUGUUUGACUUGGAAGUAUUUUGGAAAAGCGAUGAAACGCAAGAAGACGAGAAUGGAGGAAAUGGAGAAUCACGAGACGCCCCUCAAUUCGUAAUUGAAGACGACGAUGACAGUGACGACGGAACGAAUGCACUUGAACUGCAGGAACCGCAGACUCCAAAACAGAAAAAGAUAAAGAAACUUCCAUCUCUUGGGGAGCGGCUCUUCAAUACAAUCAUCGAUCUCAUGUUCUGUUGCGGAUUCACUCUACCAACGAAGAUACAAAAGGACCAUCAUAAGAUUAACUAUGUCAUUUGGGAAAAGGGGAUUGGCUCAACUAUCGAUCCCGGUCCAAGCCAGCAGUAUGAUAACAACAAAACUGAAGUUUUACGAUUACUGCUCGUAUUACUUUCGCGGCAAAUUUACGUAUCCGCCUCGUCACUCUUCAGCGUCCCAUCGCUGUAUACUCUUCAUGUCGUACAGAAGACUCGGCGGCGCGACGUUCUAACCGUCCUGUGCUCUCUCGUCAACACCGCUAUGAACUCAACCACCGGGCCUUCCACUAUCGGGAAUAUGGCAGGACGAUUACCGUACAAUCACCUUGUCUUCAAAGGUGAAGAUCCUAGAGCAAAUCUGGUUUCGAUGUGUUUCCAGGUACUUUUGGAGCUUCUCGAUUUCCAGAGUGGUAGUGCCAGAGACAUAAUUGUUGGUGCGGGUGAACAACAGGUUUCCACGCCCUCAGCUCGUACCAAUGCAUUCAGAUACUUCCUCAUGAAGCUGCACCGAACUCCAGACUUUGACUUUAUUUUAGACGGUGUCAUAGGGAUAAUGGAACAGGAAAUUGCGAAUGUGAAUAACAUUCUACCGGGCGCAAGGAAAUCCAUGCCAUACGUUGCCGAGAACAUUUUGUUCUUUUGGAAGAUGAUUGAACUCAAUAAGAAAUUUCGUGCAUACGUUCUAGAUUCUGACCGAGCGAUGGAUCUGAUCGCGUAUUUACUAUGCUAUAAUCUUGAGAUCAAGGACAAACCCCCGCAACACGGGCUUUGUCGAGCCCUAUCGUACAUUAUGCAGACCCUCUCUGCUGAACCAGGCUUCGGUGCUAAACUAUCCAAUCCUAUAAAAGCUCAUAUUCCCGCUAAAUGGGCCGUCCCUGGAUCUGCAACUGAUUUUCUGGUCAAUAGUAUCUAUUCCAUAGUUGCAACUACAUCGGGAGCUCUUAAUUCUCUAUAUCCGGCGUUCAUUAUCACGCUCUCGAAUUGUGCUCCCUAUUUCAAGUAUCUCGGUGUCACGACCUCCGCAAGAUUAGUCCAACUCUUUACAUCAUUCUCCAAUCCUUUGUUCCUCCUCUCCGACGAAGGCCACCCUCGGCUUCUCUUCUUUAUGCUUGAAGUCUUCAGCUCGAUUAUUUUACACCACCUCGCUGAAAACCCCAAUCUGAUAUACGGGAUCAUAUCCUCUCACAAGGUUUUUGAAGAUCUAGGAACAUUUACAUUAUACGGCGGGCUGCGAGAGAUCAAACGGAUGCAAGCUGUCAAGGAGGAACUGGCAAGGAAAAACGACACUAAGGUGAAGAGAAGCACUCGUCAGUCCUCUGAUGAGGCUUCGGAAACUCACCAGGAGAAGAAGAGGUUGUUGGCCCACGAGAUAGAUCUGGAAGCGAAUGAGGCUGGUGCCUAUGAUAGUGCACAUCGUCGGGAAAUAGAUGACAACGUGCCUUCUACUACACCAUCUAUGAGCCCAACUCCAGAAUCGAUGCCUAGUGUUUCUGAGCGGGCGAGAGGAAAGAUGAAAGAGCGCCGUUCAUCAUCAUUAGACGCCGAUGAUAGUCUCGAACGUAUAGCAGCUAUUGGCAUUGGACGGAACGGUUUUGUUCCUACUCAAGAAUGGGUCACUUCGUGGCAACAGGGCCUUCCGUUAGAUACUGUGAUGUUACUCAUCUCUGAAUUGUUACCCAAGAUUGAGGAAAUGCAAGGAGGGCACAAAACCAGUUCUGCGGGGACCAUUCACGACUUUCUUUCCGCUGUGACACUUAGGGAUGUGCUUCCGCCGGUACCGCCACUUUCUCCUCGCAGGUUCAUUUGGUCGGAUGCAUCGAUCGUGUGGUUGACAUCACUCAUAUGGGGAGAAAUCUUUGUUCGUGGCAUCACACCACUGGGGAUAUGGAACUCGACGAACGUCCGGUUAUUUCAUGUCAAGCAACGUCGGGAUAACCAGAGACAGAUAUCGGAGACUGUUUCUAAUGUUGUUGGGGGUAUUUUGGGCCGAACUGGUUCUACAGAUUCGCUAGCCAGGUCACGGUCAUGA